AUGCACCCGCCGGAUGCGAUGCGACGGACGACGACGCGGCCGGAGGAGAGGGAGGACCGGCGAAGCGCAGGCCCGCCGGCAGCAACGGCAACCGAUCCAAAGCCUGGCCGCUGGCUGGCCCUUUCAACGCGAGUCUCAAAAGCUCUGCGGUCCGCUGGCAGCUUUCUCGGGCCGGAGAAAAGCCGAAACAGACAAACGGACUGCCCGAGCCGAAGAGAGAGAGAGAGAGAGAGAGAGAGAGAGGUCAGAGGGAGAAGAGAAGGCGAGAGAGAAAGCUGAAGGCGCGCAGGCGCUGCUGUCGCUGGCGUGGACAUGCUCACGGCAGCGAGGCAUGGGCUCAAACCAUAGGCGUGUCAGGGACGGAGGAGAGCGGCGACCACUCUUCGCCUCCGUCCUCGCGUCCUCCUGGGCUGGCUCGUCUUGCUAGAAACCCUCUCGUCGCGGGUGCUUUGGUUGCGACGGCAAGCGCCGAGCUGAGCUGCCUUGGCGUGGGUGGCGAUGGACGCGCAGCAGCAGCAGCUGGAUUUGGUCAUGCGUCACCAGAGCAUGGCCACCGUCUACGAGAGCGAGGACGCGCUGGGGUCGUCGGAGUCGGAUCCCGCGAGGCCGGCGCGCCCGCGCGGCAAGAGGAGCCGCGCCGCCGAGGUGCACAACCUCUCCGAGAAGAGGAGGAGGAGCAGGAUCAACGAGAAGAUGAAGGCGCUGCAGACCCUCAUACCCAACUCGAGCAAGACGGACAAGGCCUCCAUGCUCGAUGAUGCCAUUGAGUACCUGAAGCAGCUUCAGCUCCAAGUGCAGAUGUUGUCUAUGAGGAAUGGCCUGUAUCUGCCCCCAGGAAACUUGUCUGGAGUACCUGAGGCUCUGGCAUCCUCAGAAAUGUGUGCCGCACUUAACCAAAGUGGUGCCAAGGCAUCAAAUUCUGGCGCUGUUGUACUACCUGGAAACCAAAUUCCUGUAGCUCGUCUUUUAUUUGAUCUACCAAAUCAUGAUCAACGGCAUGAAAACCCGCUUGUAUUACAAAGUGUCCCUAGUAGUUCAACCGCUGUAGAGCCUCAGUUCCUUCAAGAGCCAGCACAGCCCAACCUUCAAUCCUUUCAGCUGGCUCUACCUCCUGAGAUGCUCUUCAAGGAGGACAUGAUGUUAGAGCAUCGACUAACUUCAGCUCAAGAAACCACAUCUUUACCAGGGCAUGAGGCCAAGCCUGGUAGGCAGGAAGCACGCAUGGUGAAUUCUGAUCUUUUUGAUAGAGGUUCGCUCGGGAAAGAAAGAGCACAGGACUUGAUGCCAAAAAACACUGAAAGUGUACUGUUUAUGCCGUACUUGCAUAGCUUGCAGAGUGGCGACGCAGAGGGAAGUCUGAGGGCAGGAUCAAACUAACUACACGAUGGGUUGCCCUGAAUGAUUUUUCCCAUUGGGAUGCUUUGUUUUGGUGGGACCAAGGCAAAGAGUAGGAAUAGGAACUAGGAGCAAGUUCACACGAUCAAGAGUCGAUCUGAAUGUUAGCAGCUUGGUAAACAAUCUUGUAAAAAGAGAGCAUGCAUGAAAUUCGUCCACACUGACCUCAUUUCCGCGGUUUCAGUGGUAAUUGGGUGGAUUUAUUGCAAGGCUAUCUUCUGAUCUCAUUCAUGAUCCCACUUCUGUAAUCCUAUCUGAGGAACAGUAUGGAUAUACGCAACGCUUUCGGCAGUUUCAGUUGAGAAGAAACCUGGAGGUUUGCAAGGCACAGGCACAGGCACAGCCUGAUGCAGAUUCAUUGUUCUGUAAUCUGCAUGAUUUGUGGUGUUGUCUCUGAACCUGAUGCAGCCAGUAUACUGCUCUUUUAUCCGUC